UCGAACUCAAAUGCCGCUUUUUCCGAGUUAUGAAUCUGUCUUGUCGAAAGAUGUUCUGGAGUCUUACUGGAAGGGUUGUUUAAAACUACCCUUAUUUUAGGGAUUCUUUGAUUAUGGUUCUUACCAGCAGUAUACUUGUAUGUAUUUGACGUCAUGUUUAUUUCGCUUGUGAAAGAAACUCUGUGAGGCGUAGAAUGUCCCCGAGCGAUUGCCUGGUCAUUUGGACUGAACAAAACGACGACAUUGUCAGAAAGUGGAAGUGCGCAGAGAGAAAACAUAAUGCAAAUGGACAAGAUGUACGCCGUCAGUACUACAACGAACUGUGCAGCCUGCUUCACAUAGUACAAGGAGCUCCGUGUGUCGCUGCGAGCCUUGAGCUUGAACUGACGGUGCUUUACAAUACUUUGCUGUUUUCACUGAGCCUCUCAAAGUUUGGUGAAGCGGGAGACUUACUGACCCAAGGGAUCAUUAGAGUUUUGGAAGCCUUUGGAUGUCAGCCCCCCAGUUCAGACCUUCUGCUGCUCUGGCAUGAGUUUCUGGAGAAGUUCCAGAGCCCCAAGCUCCUCCCCAGCACCCAUGCGCUCCUGUGUGUGCAGUGGACCCUAUGGCUGUCUACACAACAGCUGGACAGUAUCCAGAAGCUGCUUCUGCCAGACUCUCAGGAUGGGAUCACGUCACUGUCUCCAGUAAUUCAAAACAUCCAGGUUAGCCCUGAAGAGAACCCCUCCCUUCUGCUAAUAAUGGCCCCCAUGGCGUUGAAGGAGCUGGCUCACAUCUGCACUGUUGUCACACGAGGUGUAGGAAAGAUGAAAGAGGACAAAGACUCAGAGGCUGUCCAGAUCCUUCAGGAUGCCUCCAUGCUGCCCGCUCCCACGUCACUCCUGGCAGAGAUCCACAUGCUGACUGGCAUCUGUUUGGCCAGGCUGGGCAGACCUCAGAGCUCCCUGCAGUGUUACAGGAGAGCACUGGAGAUGGGCGCCUGCUCACGGACCGUCCUCUACCAGGGCUCCCUGCUACACAGGCAACUGGAGAAUGGCCCAGCUGAAAUCGAGAUGCUCCGUCUCCUUUGCACCGCCGCCCUCUCGCCGGUUUCGUGUGAUCCAUCCAGCACCUGGGUGCCUCUGCUUACCCCGGAUAUGCUGCUGGGCGGCCCAGCAUGUGACUCGGUCUUCGCGAUGCCUUCCCUACUUGAGAUACAGCACACCCUGGCACACAGGUGUCUGCAUUGCGGAAGGAUUUCGGAGGCAGCAGAAAACUAUCUUGACCUCCUGGCUACAUUGCAGUGCGACCUAAAACAAUUGGUAAACACAGAUGCCAACUCAAGGCUGCCCAGAGUGCCUGAUAUCUACCUGGAGGCUGCAGUCACCCUCCUCAAGGCCGAGAGAUACUGGGAUUCCAUAACAGUCUGUGAAGAAGUCAUUAUGAAAACUGCGGAUCUCAUCCCGGACAGACUUGUGUUGGAAAUGCCCCAUAGGACUGAGCAGGACGGUGGCUCUUUGGCGCCAUUCUCUCCUGAGAUGAGGGGGCUGUUUGCAAAGAGUGGAAAGGCAGAGGAAAGGCUGAACUACGUCUUUUGGGCGGGGGCUGCUUUCCUCAUAGAGGGCCAGGCCUACGGCUGGAUGAAGGAGAGUAAGGGAGAGAUAACUGCUUUAACUAGAUCCAUCAAUCUCCUGGUGAAGGUGCGUCUUAAAAACGAAGAGUGGCAGCAUCGAGACCCUGGAGACAGUGCUGCGAGUAAGGUGGCAGAUUUACAGAGGCUGAAGGCUCUGGCGCUAGCUAGCCGCGGCGUCGGGUUUAUGGACAGGAAGCAGGAAGGCGCAGCUUUGCAGGAUUUCCAACUCAGUCUUCAGGCUUCUCCAGGGACUGAAGUGGUGGAGCUCUUGCUGACACAGGUUCUUUGGAAAAUGGGGCGUGAAGAAGAAGCCACCACCUUCUGGAAAAGCACCCGGAGAACCAGUCAGGUGCCUGAACUAGUGCCAAACUGCUCAAGGAAUGCUGCAGUUUUCCUGCAUUUACAGUCCUACCUUCAGGAGAAGAUGCAGGCAGAUUCCGAGAGCCUGAAGAAAAUGAAACUUGGCAGUGAAGCUGAAGUGUGACUCGGACCUUCUUGGAAAACAUCUGGAUCUGUUAUUACAGCUUAUUUUAAUUAUAUGAAUGUGUGAGAAAUUCAUUAUAGCAAUAGGAGAAAGUCUGGAAGUAAAGAGUAAAGCAGAAAGACUAAAUAGCUGUACAUUGGUAACCUUAUAUUACACUGUGCGGUUGUGUAUAUAUAUCACUUAAAUUGCAGUUUGUUUUUAUUUAUAGCAACAGUGCACACCUUUUGUGUGUUAACUUUUGUCUAAAGGUUUAUCUUGGUGCAUAAAUAUGGAAUAUUUUCCAACA